AUACUGUAUAUUCGAAACUAGCUCCCAUUUCUAUGCGUACAGUGUGUCAUAACUUUACAAACUAUUUUCCAUGGAUUAAGGAUAAAGAAUUAUAGUUUUGCCCUCAGAUGACAUUACCUUGUGCGAAGGAGACAGCCUAUCCAGAUCCUUAUAGCUGCCAACAUUUCUAUUUUUGUGAUAAAAAUGGCGAAAUAAGGAGAUAUACUUGUGGAGCUAACUACUGGGUUCGCAUUGCCAAGGGAGCUGCUCUCUGUGAUUUACAGAAGUUGUCAACGUGUGAUGUCACUCGACCACAUAGACAAUGCGACAACGUAAAGGGAUAUCUGCCUAAUGAGUACUGUGAAGUACUUGCGCCAGGAAGAACCACAUGGACUUAUCCAGAUCCUGAAGGAUGCCUGGGGUAUUACAAGUACAGCCCACCAGACCUAACGCGAAUUUACAAUGACUUGGUUGUGGAACGUCUGAGCUGUCCAAGGGGCACAUAUUACUCUCCAUCGGGUGAAAAGUGUGCUCCAGUAACGGGAAACCCAGAUAACCUCUGUGGAGGGAAAUGGAUCUACCAGAGUGAAGACUGCCGAAUGAUAAAGUUAAAUCCCAAUACAGUACACACUAGUAGAGGCGAAGAUGGACCGUUAAUUCAAAACAAAAGUGACAUAAACGGAAGGACAUCGAAAAUCCCUCAGACAACUGUUGCCGUUGGCAAUGCGUCCAUCCCUUCUGCGCCACCACCGUUGGGAUCAUACAAUGGCCUAUCCAUUCUUGCCUGGAUUGUUGGACUUGCAGCAGCACUUGUUCUGCUGGUAACAGUUGUUACUGUGAUCCUGUUCAUGCUUCAGAAAAGACGCCGUAAAAGGCGGAUACAGAAUGGAAGUUUUAACCUGCCAGAAUCAUCAGCUGCACACGGAAUGGACAUUUCUAGGCCAAUCUCCUUCACAGAGCUAAAUGAAUAUGCGGCAAUAGACGAUGUGUUUGGGAACACAUUAGAGACAAGACCAAUGCACACAGGGGGCUGCAUGGCCGAUUUACACGUUAUAAACAGAAUAGAUGGGGAUGCUACAGCAAGCGGACGAGCAGUGCCCGAUGGGUAUGGUUCUUCCGGUGCUCCUAGCCUGCCACCUCGUCCAAAAUCCACACCAUCCUACACCAAUCCAGAACGGAAAGACUUGAAGUCUCACAAGUCCGUGGGUUGUUGUGCAAACGAACCAUUCUCAGAUGACAUUUUGUGUAAACCUAAUGAAAAUCCAAAGAGUUUCUGUAACGUCAAUUGGCAAACGGCUCUAAACGCGUCCAUGCCAGAUGAAUCCAACAGUUCGGACGAAUAUGAGGCCAUUUCAUUCACUCCGCUAAUGACACCAGAACCUCCUCCAGACGACAGUGUUAAGGUUAUAGAUACUGAUUGUGAUGAAAAAAUAGAUAAUCAAGAGUACAUGAUUCCAGUCAUUUCACAUGCAAAUGUUGAAGUGCAAAGGAAUGAUUCCUUCACCAAAUCAUGCAUACUAACUACGCCACGACGUACCCAAUCUUUGCCACACAAGCUAUCCCGGAGAAUACCUCCAGUUAACUCAAAUGACCAUACUAUUGGUUUGGUGUCUAAUGUUGCCUUUCCUGAUACAAGUAAAAACGAAGCAGUUGGUGAUGUGGAUAGCAACAGCAAUAAUACAGAUAGCAUCAAUUCCUCGAUUACCAGAGAUGAAAUGCAUCAGGUGGAAGAAGAACCAAAAGAAAACAACGGACAGUCUCAUAAUCAAGAUAAUGAUACUUACGCGUGGAAUAUUAGCGAUUCCUGGAUUCGUUGUGAUAAAAAACAGAAAAACGGCGUAUGUGGUACAGCCAAUUGUGACUUGGAUGCUUCACCUGAAACUGAAUGUCUGUUUUUACCAGAAGAACCUAUGGAUGUAGAUGAAAAAGACAGCACAUGUAAUGAUGCUGUAGAUAAUACCAUAAACACUCAUGAAAUAUUCAACAAUGUGUGCAUUUCACCUGCAUGUGCCCCGGUAGUCCAUUUAGAAGCGAAUGUCACUGACAAUGAUGGAACAGCCACAAACAUAGAAUCCACCAGUGUGGAAAAUACCAAACCAUUAAAUGAGUGUGAAGAAAGUUGCUCUACACAAGAAAAUGAAGGAGGGGCCGAAUUCCAAUCCGACGGGGUAUCAAAAAACCAUCCGAUGGGAUACGAAAUACUUGUGUCGGCGUCGUCACCAAAUGACUUUCGUGUUUACCAGUACAUCAGCGCUGACAGUGAGACGAGUUCCUCUAGUGUCAGUGAUCUAGAGAGCAUUCCAGAUAUAAAACUGUCCGUUGUUGCCGGCCAAGGCUCGACCAAGUACCACGAGUAUUAUGUACUUGACAAACAUCACUCCAGUGACACCUCAGUAGAAUUGCAGUGUGAUGGACAAACAAAGAAUUUGACACUUUUCGAGCCCAAUCAAAGACAGUCAUGUAAUUUCUAGUUGAACUAUGGGGCUGGUUCCACAAAAUCGGAAAUUUAAAAUGAAACGACUUAGAGUUUCACAUCAUAAUGGUAGGAUGUUUCAUCUCUUCUCGCAAUAGUACUAAUGCUUUGUUCACUGUAUUCAUUUUAAUUAAACAAACCUUUCAAAUAUUUUCCUAAAAUUAUGUAUACUGAAUUACAGUUUGUUAGUGUAUAAACUGUAAUAAAUCUAAUCAAAAA